AUGGACCCAAACAAAUGGACAGAUGCAACUGUUCAAAUGUUCAAAGAAUCACAAGAAAUAGCAUUUGAAAGAAAAAAUGCAUACAUUAUGCCAAUUCAUAUGAUGGAAGCAAUUGUUGAAGAAGAAUCAAAUAUUGUUAUCCGAAUAGUUGAAAUGAUGGGAGGUGAUGUUAAUAAAUUAAAGAAAGAAAUAAAAGAAACAAUGAAUAAAAUCGCAGUUCAAAAUCCACCACCAGUUGAUAUUGGACUUCAUCCAACAACACAACAAGUAUUAAGAAGAGCAAUAGAGAAACAAAAAAGAAUGGGAGACUCAUAUCUUGCAAUAGAUGUAAUUGUAAUGUCAUUAAUGGAAGAGAAAGAAAUUAGUACAAUAGUAGGAAAUAGUGGAAUUAAUGUGAAAGAAUUUAACAAAAAAAUAACAGAAAUGAGAAAAGGACAAAGUGUAGAAACAAAAGAAGCAGAAAGUCAAUAUGAAGCAUUAAAGAAAUAUGGAAAUGAUUUAACAGCACAAGCAGAAAGUGGAAAGAUGGAUCCAAUUAUUGGAAGAGAUGAAGAAAUUAAACGAGUUAUUCGUAUUUUAUCAA